AUGACAGUCACGGACGAAGAUGGCGAAGAAAAUGGAAACGUUGCAUGUGAAGUUGAAGGAUCGUCUCAUCCGUCGUUGUUCAAACUAAAUGAAAUAAGUGAAAAAAAAUAUCAAAUUUGUUUCUCCUGCAACGAUAAUUUUGAAUUUGUUCACAAUUUUGAUGUGCUAGAUCGAGAAAGGCAACCUUGUUAUUACGUAAUAGUAAAAUGUUCUGAUAAUGGCCAACCCUCAUUAUAUUCUUUUGCAACGUUAGUGCUGGCAAUGAAAGAUAUUAACGACAAUACUCCG